CCCACACGACGUUAUCCGGGGCGCAUGUCCUUGUGUUCUCGAUUUUGCCAAGCUUUCGUAGUGUAUAUCGUGGUCUUUGAUCCAGAUGAUACCAAACAAUGGUCACAAUGCCAGAAGUUAGCAGCGUAUCUCGCGAUGCCCAGGACCGCGUUGAUGCUGGAGGCGACGAAAUUGCCAUUGACGAAAAGAAAAUUACGAGCAAAACCCCGGAAGGUGGCGAUGUAGACGUAGUAGAAGAAGAGCCACAGAAGACGUAUUACAGCAGUUUGUCUGUAUGGUUGAUGGUCUUGUUCUCUGGACUGGCAAUCGGCUCAGAUGGCUACAAUGCCGCCGUCAUUGGCAAUGUCGAACUGCUGCUUGCGAUCCUUUACCCGGAUGAUCUGACGACUACUAUAUACCAGAGGCUCUCUAAUGCUUUUCUGAUCGGCAUGAUUGUUGGAAUGAUACUUUUUGGUGUCAUCAGUGACCAACUUGGCCGCAAGACUGGUGCUGUGGCGACAACAAUCUUGCUGGUGCUGGGAAUUACGUUGUCAACCGCAGCCAGUGGCACCACGACCACAGGCAUGUUUUGGAUGCUUAUCAUUGCUCGUGGUAUUGCUGGCGUGGGUGCAGGGGGAGAGUACCCAGUCUCUGGCGCUGGUGCCGCCGAAGCAACCGACGAAGACGCCAAGUUUCGCAAGAGAAGAGGCUUCAUGUUUGCGAUGCUCGCAGACUUAUCAGCCAGUCUAGGGUAUGUUUGGGGAGGCUUGGUGCCGCUGCUGUUGCUGCUGUGCGUUGACCAACAAGUCUCAAAAUACCACAUUGUUUGGCGAACCUCGUUUGCGCUGGGUAUGGCGCCUCCCCUCCUCAUCUUCUGGUUCCGAAUGCGAAUGGCAGUUUCGACUGCGUACCGGAAGUCAGCCAUGCGGAAGCAGAGGAUGCCAUACUGGCUUGCUUUGAAACGGUAUUGGCGACCGCUUCUUGGUGCAGCCUCAACUUGGUUCUUGUACAACUGGAUUUCCAUACCGUUUGGCAUUUUCAGCUCAACCAUUAUAUCGAGAGCCAAUGUUGAGGAAAGUCUUGUGAAGACCCUUGGGUGGGGCGUGGUAAUCAACUGUUUCUACAUCCCUGGCCCGUUCAUUGGGGGAUACCUAUCCGACAAAAUUGGGAGACGUCAGACUAUGGCUUUGGGCUUUACUUUGCAAGCAAUCCUUGGUUUUGUUCUCGGGGGUGCGAUGAAUCCCAUUCAGGGUGUUUUCCCUCUUUUCGUUGUUCUCUAUGGUAUAUUCCUGACGCUUGGCGAAGUCGGUCCGGGCAGCACGGUUGUUCUGAUAGCCUCUGAGUGCUUUCCCACAUCCAUCCGUGGUCAAAUGAUGGGACUCAUCUCAGCCUUCUCGAAGGCGGGAGCUGCCAUUGGCACACAGGUCUUUACCGCAAUUUUGAACAAGUACACCGACGAUCCAUCCAAGGGAAACCAGGUUGCAUUCCUUAUUGGCUCCGGAUUCGCUGUUCUCGGUGCCAUCAUCGCGCUCUUCGUUAUUCCAGAUAUAUCAAGGCACCUUAAUGAUGACGAUGAAGCCUGGAAGAAGUACCUAGCUGAGAAUGGCUGGGACGCCCAAUGGGGCGAUGAGGUGACCCGCGACCCGACCGGCGUUAUCAUGGAUAAAGCUGCGUCCUAGCCUUUCCAUCUCAUUUGACUUCGUGCACAUGCAUCAGCUCGAUGCCCAUCCCUACCCGGCAUAAUUAUCCGAUGCUCUCUCACGUUAUGAUACAGCAUACAAAAGAGUUCGCAAACAGAAUUACUACAGACACCGUUUUCGGGUUCCUAGAAAGACAAAUUCACU